AUGUCAGGUGGAAAUAUAAAUCCAGGUGCUGUGAAGGCUGACUACUACUCGAAAGGAUCCACAGAAUUGGCUCAGGAUACUGCUCUCACGCUUAGUCGACUGGAAGCUAGACGGAGGCUCACUAAAGAUUCCCAGCGACUUGUAAUCGUAUUGGUUGGAUUGCCAGCUCGAGGAAAAUCCUUUGUGGCAAGAAAGCUCGUCAAUUUUCUAGAAUGGAACGGAAUCGACACAAAGAUCUUCAAUGUAGGAAGAUAUCGACGCCAAGCAUAUGCCGAGAUAUCGACAUCCGAGAGUGGUGCAUGUGAUGCAACCUUCUUUGAUUCCAAAAACGAAAAGGCUGCGGCUUUGAGAGAAAAGGUUGCCGAAAUUGCUCUCAAAGACAUGCUACGGUGGCUAGAUGACGAGGGGGUGAACGACGGUGAUUCGGACAAUGGAAACAACAGUAGAGACUCUAUCGCUUCGGGAGGUUCUGAAACAAAUUAUGUCCGCCAAGAUAGGAUCGCAAUCUUUGAUGCAACUAAUUCAACAGACAAAAGAAGGCAGUGGGUCCUUGAAGAGUGUACUUCACCUGAAAAGAGACCCGGUAAACCAACUGGUUGCGUGUUCGUGGAAUCAAUCUGCGAUGACGAAGAACUGGUUGAGGAAAAUUUCAGAUUCAAGAUAUCAAACAGCCCUGAUUACAAAGGCGUCUCCAAAGAGGAAGCUAUAAGAGAUUUGAAGGAGAGAGUCCGAAAGUAUGAAGAACAGUACGAAACAAUCACAGAUGAUUCCCUAUCCUAUAUCAAAAUGUACAAUCUCUCCACAAAGAUGAUGGUCAACCAUAUUUAUGGACGUAUGUCAAAGAUAAUUGUGCCUGCACUGAUGGCAUGGAACAUUGGAACACGUCCCAUUUUUCUUUGCCGUCCUGGCCAAACUAUUUCUGACAUCACAACUGAUAGCGACGACCACGUUACCAAGGUGAACCUUAAGGGUAGCGACAUUUUGGAUUUGUCUGUCUCCACCCGAAAACGGGUCAUGAGUGGUGAUAAACUCGGACCAGCUGGCAAGAAAUUCUCGGAAGAGCUUUACAAUUUCGUGUACGAAGAGGGCAUGGAUUUCUUGUUGAAGCGAACAAGCAUCAUGGACAUGACACAGACGGGUACCUCUAUCAGUGGCUUAGCACCCAGUAUCUAUAACACAAAACAGAAGGAUGUUCGAGAGCCUCCAUUUCCGCUCAAAAUUUUUACUAGUACAAUGCCAAGAGCUGCUGAAACGAUCCGAUGGGAUGAAUACGAUAUGCGCGUUGACGAACUAUCAAACUUGAAUCCGCUAGACAAAGGAGACCACGCCGGAAAAGAACUACAGGACUUGCAGUCGACAGAUCCCGCAUGGUAUGCAAUCCUUCAAAAAAAUCCAUUUUCCACAAGAUUCCCUGGUGGCGAAUCGUACAAAGACUUGAUCAAACGAUUAGAGUCCGUAGUUGUUGAGCUGGAACAGCAAGUCAUUCCUACUUUGGUCGUGAGUCAUGUAAGCACACUGCAGGUUUUGAUUGCGUAUUUCCGCAAUACACCAGUAGAGGAAGCCAUGACAAUUGAAGUGCCACUACAUUCGGUAAUUAAGUUUACGCCUGCUCGUGGUGGAGGUUGGAGUGAAAGUCAGGUUCCUCUAUCUCCCGUUUUUGAAAGGGCCAAUUCGGAAGUGAUGACUCAAGAAUCGUUGACAAUCGAGGGAAUGGAGGAGCUUGGAGGAGUUAAAACGCCAAUUUGGGGUGAUCACAUGAGGAAAUCAAGCUUACUUUCGUUUGGAAGCAAUACCCAUUAA